AUGUCAACCUGUAAGACAAUCCUUGCUUCUGAAAUCGCCAGACCCUUUCGACAAUAUCUAAAGCAAAGGAUAGAGAAUUACAAAUCAAAGCCUACUCUCGUUGGACUAUUAGCAAACCAAGACCCUGCAUCCAAGAAAUACGCAGAAUGGACAGCCAGGACCUGUCAAGAGACAGGCGUACAAUUUAAGCUGAUGCAGGUGGAUAAGCAUGACUUGGAACAUGAAAUAGUAAAAGCAAAUCUGAGCAGAGACAUACAUGGAAUGAUGAUUUAUUAUCCUGUUUUUGGAUAUCCACUGGAUGCAUCCAUACGGAAUAAAGUAAGCUAUUUCAAGGAUGUGGAGGGUCUAAGUCAAAGAGCAAUUCAAAACAUUUAUGAAAACAAGCGGCAUUAUGAUAAAAAUAUUGUGCCAUGUACACCCCUGGCUAUUAUCAAGACUUUGGAGCAUAUUGGCGAGUUCAAAUCAUACUUGGAAUUUGGUCAGCGACUCAAGAACAAGACAGUGACGAUCAUGAAUCGAAGUGAUGUGGUGGGUAAACCCCUGGCGACUCUUUUGGCUUAUGAAGGCGCCGUCGUCUAUUCAGUUGAUGCUAAUGAUGUUCAGUUGUUUACACCCGCCGGAAUGAAAGAUACACCCUUUAGGCAAGAGCAGAUCAUACCCCAAUCAGAUAUAGUCAUCACAGGUGUGCCUUUCCGUCAUUAUCGAGUUCCUACAGCACUUUUGAAGCCUGGGGUUAUAGCCAUCAAUUUCUCAGAAUAUGCUAAUUUCGAAAGCAAUGUUACUACCAAAGCGUCUUAUUUCGUCCCAGCUGUAGGUAAAGUAACAGUGACGAUGCUGAAAAGAAAUUUAUUGAGAUUAUAUGACUAUCAGCAAGGAAGACAGUAUCAACAAGAACAACAGCAAAAAGAGAUGAUUAAUAGAUAG